AUGAUUUACCCCGUCCCGUGGAGCCCCAGGAACCCCCAGGCACCCCCAGGCAUCAGGAAUGGUUUACCCCGUCCUGUGGAGCCCCACGCACCCCCAGGCAUCAGGAAUGGUUUACCCCGUCCUGUGGAGCGCCAGGCACUCCCAGGCAUCAGGAAUGGUUUACGCCGUCCUGUGGAGCCCCAGGCACCCCCAGGCAUCAGGAAUGGUUUACGCCGUCCUGUGGAGUCCCAGGCACCCCCAGGCAUCAGGAAUGAUUUACCCCGUCCUGUGGAGCCCCAGGGACCCCCAGGCAUCAGGAAUGAUUUACCCCGUCCUGUGGAGCCCCAGGGACCCCCAGGUAUCAGGAAUGAUUUACCCCGUCCUGUGGAGCCCCAGGCACCUGGAACGUUAAUCCAGAUCUGGAGCAACGAAGACAGACAGACCAGGGGUUCCUCGUCUCGUCAGUCCUGCUUCCCAGCCCUGGACACCAGCUUUACUGCUUCUUUGGAUUCCGCUCCAAGCCUGCUUACCCUGCCUCUACUCCCCUUGCCCUGGUCGCAGCCUCAGUCCCUGGUUCCCUGCUACCCUGCCCCUACUCCCCUUGCCCUGGUCGCAGCCUCAGUCCCUGGUUCCCUGCUACCUGCCCCUACUCCCCUUGCCCUGGUCGCAGCCUCAGUCCCUGGUUCCCUGCUACCCUGCCUCUACUCCCCUUGCCCUGGUCGCAGCCUCAGUCCCUGGUUCCCUGCUACCCUGCCCCUACUCCCCUUGCCCUGGUCACAGCCUCAGUCCCUGGUUCCCUGCUACCCUGCCCCUACUCCCCUUGCCCUGGUCGCAGCCUCAGUCCCUGGUUCCCUGCUACCUGCCCCUACUCCCCUUGCCCUGGUCGCAGCCUCAGUCCCUGGUUCCCUGCUACCUGCCCCUACUCCCCUUGCCCUGGUCACAGCCUCAGUCCCUGGUUCCCUGCUACCUGCCCCUACUCCCCUUGCCCUGGUCGCAGCCUCAGUCCCUGGUUCCCUGCUACCUGCCCCUACUCCCCUUGCCCUGGUCGCAGCCUCAGUCCCUGGUUCCCUGCUACCUGCCCCUACUCCCCUUGCCCUGGUCGCAGCCUCAGUCCCUGGUUCCCUGCUACCUGCCCCUACUCCCCUUGCCCUGGUCGCAGCCUCAGUCCCUGGUUCCCUGCUACCUGCCCCUACUCCCCUUGCCCUGGUCGCAGCCUCAGUCCCUGGUUCCCUGCUACCUGCCCCUACUCCCCUUGCCCUGGUCGCAGCCUCAGUCCCUGGUUCCCUGCUACCUGCCCCUACUCCCCUUGCCCUGGUCGCAGCCUCAGUCCCUGGUUCCCUGCUACCUGCCCCUACUCCCUUUGCCCUGGUCGCAGCCUCAGUCCCUGGUUCCCUGCUACCUGCCCCUACUCCCUUUGCCCUGGUCGCAGCCUCAGUCCCUGGUUCUCUGCUACCUGCCCCUACUCCCCUUGCCCUGGUCGCAGCCUCAGUCCCUGGUUCCCUGCUACCUGCCCCUACUCCCUUUGCCCUGGUCGUAGCCUCAGUCCCUGAAGAUCUGCGGGGCGUGACGACAGUGGAGCUGAUUAAGAAGGAAGGCAGCACCUUGGGCCUCACCAUCUCUGGAGGAACAGACAAGGACGGAAAGCCCCGCGUCUCCAACCUACGACCAGGAGGACUGGCUGCCAGGAGUGAUCAGUUGAAUGUGGGCGACUACAUUAAGUCAGUGAAUGGUAUCAACCUGACUAAGCUGAGACACGAAGAGAUCAUCAGUCUGUUGAAGAACGUGGGAGAACGAGUUGUCUUGGAAGUGGAGUACGAACUACCCCCAUCAGCACCAGACAGUACCUCAGGUGUGAUUUCCAAGACAAUGGAGAUAUGUUUGCACAAAGAAGGGACCAGCUUCGGCUUCGUCAUGAGAGGGGGCUCACACGAAGACUGGAACAAAUCUCGCCCCCUAGUGGUGACAUACGUCAGACCAGGAGGUCCUGCAGACAGAGAGGGUAGCCUGAAGCCGGGGGAUCGGCUGAUGUGUGUAGACGGGGUGCCCCUCCACAGUGCCAACCACAGGGAUGCCCUCGCCGUACUCAACCAGUGUGGUCAGGAGGCCCUCCUACAGAUCGAGUAUGACGUCUCUAUCAUGAAUACUGUGACGAAUGUGUCUGGUCCCCUAUUGGUGGAGAUCGCCAAGUCACCUGGGGCGGCUCUGGGUAUCACCUUGACAACCGCCACCCACAGGAACAAACAGGUCAUCGUCAUCGACAGGAUCAAAGCAGCUAGUGUGGUGGACAGGUGUGGAGCUCUCCAUACAGGGGACCACAUCCUGUCCAUCGAUGGGACCAGCACAGAGCACUGUUCAGUCCUAGAGGCCACACAGCUGCUAGCCAGCACAUCAGACCAGGCCAAGCUAGAGAUCCUCUCUGCCCACCACAGCAGACUGCCUAACAAACCACAGGACACUGUGAAGGUUCAGAAGAGUGACCACCCCCACUCGUGGGACCCCUGUGUGAACUACUGUCUCCCCCAGCACCCCUCCUCUCACUGUAAGACCUGGACCACCUCUAACAACCCCUCCAGCACACAGGAAUACUGCAAAUCCCUAGUGUCUACCAACUUCUCCCCUGGUUCCACCACCACAACAUCAGGCCCUGGGUCGACCAGCCAGAUCUCCAGUACGCUGCCCCGUACAGCCAUCCCCAUGAGCCCACGCAACUCCAUGAUGAAGAGACGACAGAGGAAAAAAGAGCAUAAGAGCUCAUCCGUGUCCCUGGCGUCCAGUAGUGUAGGUCCUGGUGGCCAGAUCGUCCACACAGAGAGCAGUGAGAUCAUCCUGAGAGGUGACCCCCUCAAUGGCUUUGGGGUCCAACUACAGGGCGGAAUAUUCGCUACAGAGACCCUCUCUGCUCCCCCUCUCAUCCGCUUCAUAGAGCCAGACAGCUCUGCUGAGAGGUGCGGACUGCUGCAGGUGGGAGACAGACUCCUGUCCAUCAACGGAAUCCCCACGGAGGACGGAACACUGGAGGAAGCGAAUCAGCUACUCCGAGAUGCGGCUCUGACCAAUAAGGUCUCCCUGGAGGUGGAGUUUGACGUCGCAGAGUCUGUUGUGCCCAGUAGUGGAACGUUCCAUGUUAAACUACCUAAGAAGAGAGGGGUGGAGCUGGGCAUCACCAUCAGUGCCAGUAAGAAAUCUGGAGAGCCGUUAAUCAUCUCAGAUAUUAAGAAAGGCAGCAUGGCUCACAGGACUGGUACCUUGGAGCCUGGGGACAAGCUCCUGGCCAUAGACAACAUCAGACUGGAGAGCUGUUCUAUGGAAGACGCCUGUCAGAUCCUAGAACAGGCCGAGGACCUGGUUAAACUCAAGAUCCGUAAGGACGAAGACAACUCUGAUGAACAGGAGACGUCUGGUUUAAUCAUCUACACGGUGGAGCUGAAGAGAUAUGGAGGCCCCCUGGGGAUCACCAUCUCAGGCACGGAGGAGCCCUUUGACCCCAUCGUCAUCUCUGGCCUCACCAAGCGGGGCCUGGCUGAAAGGACCGGAGCGAUCCAUGUGGGAGACCGUAUUCUGGCUAUCAACAGUGUCAGUCUGAAGGGCAAGCCGCUCAGCGAGGCCAUUCACCUGCUACAGAUGGCCGGGGAGACGGUCACACUCAAGAUCAAGAAACAGGUCGACAUGGCAGACGAGAAGAAGAAGGAUGGAGAGAUGGAGAAUGAUUUGAGUGACACGGAGGACGUGUCGGACAUGACAGACUCUCAGAAGACCAACAAGCUGUCAGAGAUCUACUCCACCACCAUACCCAGUAUGGACUCUACCAUGGAGUCCUGGGACGGAUCCGGCAUCGACGCGGGCUACGGAAGCCAAGGGCCCUACAACCCCCAGGCGGCAGGCAUCGCCCUGCACCCCCAUGAGUGGAGGAGUGCCAGGCAGAGGACCAGCCCCCCGCCCCCGGGCCGCCGUAGUAACAACUACCCUUUCAGUGACGGGGGCUUCAGUGAAGACGACUGGGACAAACCAUCAGGAUACACCAGCCAGCCUCACAGUGACGCCAUCAUGCUCGACCACGAGGACAGUUUCUGGUGUCAGGCACUGGAAGACCUGGAGACCUGUGGACAGUCUGAGCUCCUCAGAGAGAUAGAGGCAUCUAUUAUGACGGGCAGUGCCAUCAGUAUUGGGGUGGAUGGUAACAAGUCCCAUGGCCUCCCCCACCCUGGAGACCCCGUCUGCCAGCCCCGCAUCAGCCCUCUGCGGAGGAGCUCCCUCCAGCACCACGAUGCCAAGACCCAUCUGCACCAGGAGGCCCACCUCCACCAGGGGGCCCACCUGCACCCGGAGGCCCAUCUGCACCCGGAAGCCCAACUCCUGCAUCACGAGGCCAGAACCCAGCUGCAUCACGAGGCCAGGGCAAAGAACACACUCCGGGUGUCUGAGAAGACCUGGGAGUCUCGUAGGAUCAAGGAAGAGAUGCAAGAGAUCCUCUCCCCUACCCCUCUGGAGCUACACAAGGUGACGGUGAUGAAGGAUCCAGAGAGCGAUGACUUCGGCUUCAGCGUCUCCGACGGGUUCCUGGAGAAAGGUGUUUACGUCAACAUGAUCCGUCCAGAGGGCCCAGCAGACCGCGCAGGCCUGAAACCAUAUGACAGAAUCCUACAGGUGAACCACGUGCGUACCAGAGACUUCGAUUGCUGCCUGGCUGUGCCUCUGAUCACUGAGGCUGGGGACAAGCUGGAGCUGGUGAUCAGCAGGAACCCUCUGGCCCAGCAACUGCCCCAUGAACCGGACUGUCUGGACCAGGACCAAGGACUUCUCAUCUCUGCACUGCAGUCCAACAGUAGGGAACACCACCACUAUACCACUACAACCCGAGCCAUGGACCUGUGAUUACAGACAGACAGCACAGACACGCCAAGCCGCAGACUGUUACCAUGGAGCAGUCUGUGAAUCUACAGACACACACAGAACAAGGGACCUUCUUUGGACAUGUGAACUACAGACGCAGCCACAGUCCAGCACCAUGGACACACCAAGUCACAGACUGAACUUCUGAAUGAACUACAGACAGGAGCCUCAAACCAGUACUAUAGACAUAAGACCUGUGACUAAAGACACAGACCAGUACUACAGACCUGUGACUAAAGACACAGACCAGUACUAUAGACUAUAGACCUGUAACUAAAGACACAGACCAGUACUAUAGACUAU